AUGAUUCCAAGGUUCCUGCUCAUCGUCGCAGCCAUAUCAGUAUUUAGUAUCAUUUGUACUAAUGGAACUGGUCACAGUCACCAUCACGUGAUAAUUCAUGUACCGUACAAGGUUCACACGAUCCACCAUACGAUCUUGAAGCAUAUACACCACCAUGACAAGGGCGGCGAAGACAAGUACGAGGUGCUUGGCUACACAGUUGGCAAGCCUAUGGAUCUCAGUCACCACCUGGGAGGCGGUGAUGGUGGUGGUCAUGGUCACGAGGAAAUGCAGCAUCAUCACCAGCAACACCAGCACGAGGAGCACGAUCUUGGCGGUGGCAAUGAACUCGGCCAUGGACACGACUGGGCUCCCAGUUACGCCCAACAUGAUUUUGCCGGUGGUGGAGCUCAUCUUGGAGAGCAUGCUGAUGUCGAUGCUGCCGGUGCAGGACAUCGAUACGCAUACUACAAACAUGGAAGCUAUCGCGGAUACGAUUAGGAAGAAGAAAAUAAGGUUUGAGUGAUUCCCGUUAAUCGAGUCCUUAUUUUAUAAAAGUGUCAUGAUAAGACCCUCCGAUGGCUAAAUAAUAACGUUUUUGGCUAUUUUUUUUUAAUUUAUUGACAGGAUUGAGUAUUGUUAAUUUAUAACAUUAUAUAAUCUUUUUAAAUAGUGAUUAUAUGAAUAACAUUUUCUAAAAUGCUUUAGCUUCUCUAGAAUGCUAUAAAUCACGAAUGUACUUGCUAUACUGCUUCUAAAUUUCGGUUUGCUGCUAAAUGCUUUUAUUACUUCAAAAGAAAGUAUUUUUCUUUAAAGACAAUUUCAAAAUAAGAUAUAUUCAGGAAUUUUUAAAUAAUAAAUACAAAAAAAUCAUAACAUUGAAUUCAAUAUUUUUUCUUAAUUUCUUUGUUUAGCAAAAUGUUGUAGUAUAAUUAAAAAUAAAAAAUGUGGCCUGAUAAAAUUUUCGUUUAGAAAAAAAAAACUGAAAGCAGGUUCUAUUUCAUCAAUCUAUGUACUUCUUGCGGAUGUUACUUUUAUAGUGUAGAAAUUUAGAGUGUUUAUUGUUGAGUAUGAAAAAUGAUAUGGUGCUAGUUUCUAUUCUACAUUUUUUCGAUGUUUCCGGAUAACCGAUUUUUCGUCUGAAGUGAAAUUGCUCGUGAAAGUGAAUACCUAUACAUCCGACACAUAUUUCGCGCAACUCCUGCUCUGGUUCUUACUAUCAUUCCAAAGCACUUUCGCGGGCUUCCGAUUUACUGUCUCUAGCCUUGCAUUUAUAGGACCAUAAAUUUUUUUCCUAGUCGCCUAGUAAAUCGGAAAAAUGUUAAAAGUAAGUUGUUGAAUUAAUACUACUGCGUCGUUGUUCUCUUUUACUAUUGUUGCGUUUAUAUUUGUACAAUUAUUACAUUUUACAAAUGUCUUAAUGAACUUAUAUAUUACAAAAAUACAGAAGUAUAAAGUGUU